CGCACGCGAGACAAACACAACCAAAUCUCUCUCUCUCUCUCUCUCUCUCUCUCUCUCUCUGUUGAAUCUCAGGUGUUAUGCUGUGCGCUCCGUAAAGCCCCUAACAUUGUCAUCGCGGUCGGGGAAUUCAGAUGGACUCGAAGGGAAAGGGCAAGGCCAAGGGAAAGGGAAUUGCCGGUAGCGAUUCCGGGAAGCGGAAACGUUACAAUGAAGAUGAUUUCUCCGGUAGCCGGAAGAGGAAGAACCCCGGAGUACUACAGUUCUUUGAAGACGCUGCUGAUGUCGUUGACGAUGACAAUUUUUACGACGGAUUAAGUGAUUUUGAAAAUGAUAUUGAACAAGAAUUUGGUCAAGACGUAAAAAUAAAGAGUGAACCUGGAAAAGCUGAUGAUUUUCCAUUACUUCCAAAAGAGGAAGAGCCAAAUGAGGAAGAGUUUGAUAGGAUGAUGGAGAAGCGGUACAGGGAAGGUUUAUUUGUUAAAUAUCCAGAGGAAGAUUAUGAGGGUAAAAGAUCAGUAGAAAGUAUUCCUUCUGCUAAGGAACCAAAUAUUUGGAAAGUGAAAUGUUCGGUUGGACGAGAGAGGCUUUCAGCUUUCUGUCUCAUGCAGAAGUUUGUUGACUUGAAAUCCCUCGGUACCAAACUGGAGAUAAUAUCUGUAUUUGCUAUUGAGCAUAUAAAAGGUUUUAUCUACAUUGAAGCUGAAAAGCAAUGUGAUGUUAUUGAGGCAUGUAAAGGACUUUCUAGUAUAUAUUCUAGUCGAGUGGCUAUAGUACCAAAAAAUGAAAUCUCGCAUUUGCUUUCUGUCCGGAGUAAACAUAAUGAAGUUUCUGAGGGCUCGUGGGCUCGUGUGAAAAAUGGGAAGUACAAGGGGGACCUUGCUCAGGUUGUGUCUGUGAAUGAAGCUCGAAGAAGAGCAACAAUAAAGCUAAUACCUAGAAUUGACCUACAAGCAAUGGCUCAAAAAUUUGUAAUAAAAAUAUGCUUUUAAUUUUCUUAUUUUUGUUUCCUUGCAUUUUC